CACACGAUAAUUAUCACUGCAAUAUAUCGUCCAGCCCUAAUAGACGCCAUUGGGCCUAUGGCAUAGCUCCUGUCCAUCAGUUGGAAGAUGAAGGCCUGCUGUUAAAGCAAAGUUGUCAAAAAAAGUUCAGUUGUUUUAAUUUUAUUUUUUCACCACAGUUGCAAAUCUCCCAUCCUAUUCGUAUACCGUGGCCUUCAUGGUACACCUGAUUGAUCUCAACUCAGUUUUCCUUGAUAGAAUCCACGAUAAAACAAAAUCAAUACUACGUGAUGAAAAACAUUCAUUGUCUUCAUAUGUUGUUAAACAAAUUGGAGUUAUUUCAGCGAUUAAUGUAUUUCUUGGUUACACUUCAGUAUGUUACGUUGCAGCUGUACCUGUGUAGUUCAAUUUUAACUAAUUUGUUAAUGCUUUUAUCACUGAAUAACUCCAGCAUAGAUACCAUGGACCAACAGUUAAUAGUAUUCUUAAUUACAAAUGUGAAUAUUUUUUUUUAAAUAUUGUAUUCACACCAAUUGGCCAUUUCUUCUUCUUCUUCAAGGCUGUGUUUGAGUUAGGCCAAAGGUUGAUGUUAGUAUUUAAUAAUAAUAUAAUUAACAAUAAUAUAGUUUAUUUUUACAUUUGUUUUUUUUUUUUUAAUGAACUAAGAUAUAGAUAGGCACAGUAGUUAAUGAGUUCCCCUGGUUGAUUACAAUGCCACGUGUAUAGAAAACCCCACAAGAAGAUGUAUAAAAGGAGAGUGAAUGUUCCUCUACUGUAAAUAUGAAACCCGAUUGAACGAACUGGAGGACUCCUUUUUUCCACAUUCCCUACUUAGGCGAUUGUGGACAAAGAAAAGCAAAAGCAAAAAAAAAAGAAGGAAUCAUUCAUCUAACAUGAACUCCCUGAAUUCCACCCUCUCUCCAAAUACAACUUUUGUGCGUCCCCCAUUUUUUUUCAUCAAUGGUUUUUAUGACAUACCCCAUGCCAAAUACUACUAUGUUUUCCUGUGCUUUGUUUUUGUCAUCACUGUUUUGGGGAACUCCUUUGUCAUGUUUAUUAUUUACACAGAGCGCAGUUUUCACACCCCAAAGUAUUUGGCCAUUUUUAAUUUGGCUGUAGCUGACUUGGGUGAAAGCACUGCUCUUAUUCCAAAUUUAAUUGCAACGUUUCUUUUCGAUUCCCAGUACAUCUCCUAUGAUGCUUGUUUGGCCAACAUGUUUUUUGUGUUUUUCUUUUCCAGUUUGCAAGCUCUCACUCUUACUGUUCUGGCCUAUGAUAGAUUGGUGGCAAUAUGCUUGCCACUGAGAUACCAUGCCAUCAUCACAAUGCCAGCAAUGGUUGUGAUGUUAACAGUGGUGUGGGCAUAUAAUUCACUUUUCAUCAUUUCAACAUUGACUUUGAUUACCAGGUUGUCCUUUUGUAAAUCCAUUGUGGUACAAAGCUACUUCUGUGACCAUGGACCCAUAUACAAAUUGGCAUGCAAUGACAAUCUUGCAAAUUCUAUCAUGGCAAAACUUUAUAUGGUAUUAUUCCUUUAUUUACCUUUUAUUCUGACUGUAUUGUCAUAUGUGUUUAUUGCCUUUGCACUGUUUAAAGUAGCUUCAUGGGAAGGGCGACUAAAAGCCAUUAAGACUUGUUCUGCACACCUAAUGCUGGUGGCUUUAUAUUUUCUUCCAAUCAUGGGAACCUAUAUUGCUGCACUAACUUUUACCCUUCACCCCAAUGCCAGAAUAAUCAAUACAUCACUUGCUAAUGCCAUUCCUCCCAUGAUGAACCCAAUCAUUUAUAUGCUGAACACAGAAGAGGUUAAGGAAUUCUCAAAAAAACUUUUCAAAAGAAAAAAGAAUAACCACAAGUGAGAUAAAUAAUCAAAUGAAGGAAUGAAUUGAUAAUACAGGAGCUCUCAUGGUGUAUUGUUAAGUUUUGCAGUUUUAUCCUUGAGUGCUGUAAUUAACCUACAUUGCUUCAGUAAACAACAUCCAGCUGUAUAAUUUGGUGCUAUUGAGAAAAGAAAUCACGUGUGUGUCAUGGUUCUGUGUUUUCCUGUCUGUGUUUCCCUUGUUGGGCCGCCAGAUGGCGGCACUUCUGUUUUGUGUCCUGCUCCCCCCUGUUAAUUGUAUGAUUGUUUUCAAUUGUCUAAUUAUGGUUUGCCGGUUGUCUCGUUUCCCCUUCCCUUCCGUGGCCUGAUUGUUCAUGGUGCCCUCCUGUGUCUCGUCAGUGUCUGCCUAUUUAAGUUUCCCGUCUCCUGGACUCAGGUGCUGGAUCCUUGUUGUUGUUGGUUGUUUGGUUGCGUGUCGCUGAUCAAGUUCCUGCCCGGUGUGUUCCUGCCAUGUUCUGCUCCCACGUGUUUUUUGGACUUUUGGUUUCCCUGUGUUUCUGAAGUUUUUCUUUGUUUUGGAAGAGUUGCCCUGCGAGGAUUUUUGUUCCCUUUGUUCCCCUUUUGUGAAGUAAAUCUUUUGUUCUCAUCCCAUUUUGGAGUUUUGAGUUUUUUCCCUCGACCACUGCGUUUGGGUCCGAACCCCCCCACGCACACAUCCUGACAGUGUGUUUAGUCUGCUGCAUUGUGCAACAUUAUAUUUCAAGUUUUUUAAAUUCUCUUAAAAGGCACAUCAUGUUUGGAGUGUGUUGAAUUACAAAGGCAAUCUUGAUUCACUUUUGAAGAAUUCACUUUUACAUUCCAUUCUUGUUUUUCUGAAUAAUAUAUUUUGUUACAUAUUCAGUUUUAUUAAUAAAUAACUUAUUUCUAAGUGAUGUAACAAAAACCUUUACAGUACUUGUCUGAAUAUGAAGACAUUAUUUUUUUCACAUAAGGGAAAGUGCUUUUUCUGCAACAAAAUAAAUAAAUAAAAAAAACUUA